GCCGUCCCCGCAGUCCUCGCUGCAGCCACCGCCGCCGUCGCCGCCGCCGGAACGUCCCAGUCGCGGCGCGAGGAAGACGCGGCCCCAGCCUCCGCCGCCUCCGCUGUCAGAGUCCCGCGGCCACCGCCGAGAGCGCGCCGGCGCCGCCGCCACAGCGGCCAGGAACCAGGAGGCGGCACCGGGCGGCCCAGCUAGGGCGCUGCAGGGUCGCGAGGAAGUUUGUUGGCCCGGAACCAAGCACGCCGUCGGGCACGGCAGCUCCCCGAGAGCAGGCGGGCGCAGCCGUGGCCACUUGUUCACAUGGUUUCAAGGCAUAAUGAGACUCACUGGCCCUUGGAAACUUUGGCUUUGGAUGUCAAUAUUCCUGCUUCCUGCUUCCACUUCCGUGACCAUUAGGGACAAGACAGAAGAGUCAUGCCCUAUCCUGAGAAAAGAGGGACAUCAGCUGACAUAUGACAACAUAAACAAACUUGAAGUUUCAGGUUUUGAUCUAGGAGACAGCUUUUCUCUAAGACGUGCAUUUUGUGAAAGUGAUAAAACCUGUUUCAAGUUGGGAAGUGCACUUCUUAUUAGAGACACUAUUGACAUAUUUCCCAAAGGCCUUCCUGAGGAGUACUCAGUAGCUGCCAUGUUUCGAGUACGAAGAAAUGCCAAGAAGGAACGGUGGUUUCUGUGGCAGGUUUUAAACCAGCAGAAUAUUCCACAGAUUUCUAUAGUAGUUGAUGGUGGAAAGAAGGUGGUGGAAUUUAUGUUUCAAGCCACGGAGGGAGAUGUGUUGAACUACAUUUUUAGAAAUCGAGAACUCCGUCCUUUGUUUGAUCGUCAGUGGCACAAACUUGGCAUUAGUAUACAAUCGCAGAUCAUUUCACUUUAUAUGGAUUGUAAUUUAAUUGCGAGGAGGCAGACUGAUGAAAAGGACACUGUGGAUUUCCAUGGACGGACAGUUAUUGCUACGCGAGCUUCAGAUGGCAAGCCUGUGGAUAUUGAACUUCACCAACUUAAAAUCUACUGCAGUGCAAACCUCAUAGCUCAAGAAACAUGUUGUGAAAUAUCAGAUACUAAGUGCCCAGAGCAGGAUGGCUUUAGAAAUAUUGCAUCAUCAUCGGUAACUGCUCAUGCCAGUAAAAUGUCUUCAUAUCUGCCAGCAAAGCAGGAACUUCAAGACCAGUGCCAGUGCAUUCCAAACAAGGGAGAAGCAGGAUUACCAGGAGCUCCGGGUUCACCUGGGCAGAAAGGGCAGAAAGGAGAGCCGGGUGAAAAUGGUUUACAUGGUGCUCCAGGAUUACCUGGUCAAAAGGGAGAGCAAGGUUUUGAAGGCAGCAAAGGAGAAACUGGUGAAAAGGGUGAACAAGGAGAAAAAGGAGAUCCAGGUCUGGCUGGCCUUAAUGGAGAAAAUGGUUUGAAAGGUGGCUUGGGUCCUCGUGGUCCACCUGGCCCAAAAGGAGAAAAGGGAGAUACAGGACCCCCAGGAACACCAGCCUUACCUGGUUCCCUGGGGAUACAAGGCCCCCAAGGUCCACCUGGAAAAGAGGGUCAGAGGGGAAGACGAGGGAAAACAGGACCUCCCGGAAAACCAGGACCCCCAGGACCACCUGGACCUCCUGGAAUACAAGGAAUACACCAAACUCUUGGUGGAUAUUAUAACAAGGAUAACAAGGGAAAUGAUGAACAUGAAGCUGGAGGCCUGAAAGGAGACAAGGGUGCAACUGGACUACCAGGAUUUCCAGGGUCUGUUGGCCCUAAAGGACAAAAAGGAGAACCUGGAGAGCCUUUUACAAAAGGAGAAAAAGGAGAUAGAGGAGAACCUGGGAUAAUAGGAUCACAGGGAGUAAAGGGUGAACCUGGAGAUCCUGGACCCCCUGGUUUAAUAGGAAGCCCAGGACUAAAGGGUCAGCAAGGAUCUGCAGGCUCCACAGGACCCAGAGGACCACCAGGAGAUGUUGGAUUGCCAGGAGAACAUGGUAUCCCAGGAAAACAAGGCAUUAAAGGAGAAAAGGGAGAUCCGGGUGGGAUCAUAGGCCCUCCCGGGCUUCCAGGUCCGAAAGGUGAGGCUGGUCCUCCAGGGAAAAGCCUGCCAGGGGAACCAGGAUUAGAUGGAAAUCCUGGAGCACCUGGCCCACGUGGGCCAAAGGGUGAAAGAGGACUUCCAGGUGUUCACGGUUCCCCAGGAGACAUAGGCCCACCAGGGGUAGGAAUUCCUGGCAGAACAGGCUCCCAAGGACCAGCUGGAGAGCCAGGUAUUCAGGGUCCUCGAGGUCUCCCUGGGUUGCCAGGAACUCCAGGGACUCCAGGGAAUGAUGGAGUUCCAGGGAAAGAUGGAAAGCCAGGCCUGCCAGGCCCCCCAGGUGACCCGAUUGCACUUCCUCUCUUGGGAGACAUCGGUGCUUUGCUCAAGAAUUUCUGUGGCAACUGCCAAGCCAGUGUCCCAGGGCUGAAAAGCAACAAAGGAGAAGGAGGCGCUGGUGAGCCUGGAAAGUAUGAUUCCAUGGUCCGGAAGGGUGAUAUAGGGCCACGGGGUCCUCCAGGAAUCCCAGGAAGAGAGGGACCAAAGGGAAGCAAAGGAGAGCGGGGCUACCCUGGGAUACCUGGGGAGAAAGGCGAUGAGGGUGUUCAAGGAAUUCCAGGCAUUCCAGGUGUUCCAGGCCCAACUGGACCCCCUGGCUUAUUGGGAAGAACUGGACAUCCUGGUCCCACAGGAGCAAAAGGUGAAAAGGGCAGCGACGGACCCCCUGGGAAACCCGGACCACCUGGACCACCUGGUAUUCCAUUUAAUGAAGGAAACGGCAUGAGCAGUUUAUAUAAAAUUAAGGGAGGUGUGAAUGUUCCCAGUUACCCAGGGCCACCCGGUCCUCCUGGCCCAAAAGGCGAUCCUGGCCCAGUGGGAGAGCCUGGUGCAAUGGGGUUGCCAGGAUUAGAAGGAUUUCCAGGUGUAAAGGGAGAUCGAGGCCCAGCAGGUCCCCCAGGAAUAGCAGGGAUGUCGGGAAAACCUGGUGCCCCAGGGCCUCCAGGAGUUCCAGGGGAACCGGGUGAGAGAGGACCUGUUGGAGAUAUAGGUUUCCCUGGACCAGAAGGACCCUCAGGGAGGCCAGGAAUAAAUGGAAAAGAUGGAAUACCAGGUGCUCAGGGCAUCAUGGGUAAGCCUGGAGACAGAGGCCCCAAAGGAGAACGUGGUGAUCAGGGGAUUCCAGGAGACAGAGGCUCACAAGGUGAACGGGGAAAACCAGGCCUUACAGGCAUGAAGGGGGCCAUCGGUCCUAUGGGUCCACCAGGAAACAAGGGCUCCAUGGGAUCCCCUGGCCACCAAGGCCCUCCAGGCUCUCCAGGCAUUCCUGGCAUUCCGGCUGAUGCAGUUUCAUUUGAAGAAAUAAAGAAAUAUAUUAAUCAAGAGGUCCUAAGGAUUUUUGAAGAGAGGAUGGCUGUAUUCCUAUCCCAGCUCAAGCUGCCAGCAGCAAUGUUGGCUGCCCAAGCUUAUGGGAGGCCUGGGCCACCAGGGAAGGCUGGGUUGCCUGGGCCACCAGGAGACCCUGGACCCCAAGGCUACAGAGGACAGAAGGGAGAAAGAGGUGAACCUGGAAUUGGGCUGCCAGGGAGUCCAGGUCUUCCUGGGACUUCAGCUCUGGGUUUGCCAGGCUCACCAGGUGCCCCAGGCCCCCAGGGCCCCCCAGGACCCAGUGGAAGAUGUAACCCAGAAGAUUGCCUCUAUCCUGUGUCUCAUGCCCAUCAGCGGACAGGUGGGAAUUGAACACACCUGAAGAAGACUUGGUUCCUGGUAACACUUUCUUGCCAUUGGAGCUAUCUUAAUACCAUCAAACCCUCAUCAUCUGUGGGUUGCUUUUUUUUUUUUUUGGAGUAAGCCAGACAUUAAAAGCAACCAUUUGAAUCCUAUUCCUAUAGCAGUUGCAAAUCAGCAUUUUUUGAUUUUUCCCAAAUUCAUUCCAUAUGUUUUGCUUUACAAUUGCUAUGAUUUUUACUCAGAGUUUUAUAUGAAAUAUGCAAGUAAAUCUUAUCGUUAGUUCUUCUUCAAAAGGAAAUUGCAUCUUGUGACUUAGUAGACUGAUGAUGAUAUCCAUUUUGUAGACUCAUCGACAUGUGGUUGGCCUUUGAUUUCUGAAUUUUAAAGUUUCAGACUUAUCUUUUCCUUGGUGUUUAAAUUUACUAUCAUUGCUAAACAUCUUGUCAACUUUUUUGAUAUAGUGCAUUGCUCCUGUUGAAUGUUUUUUGACUACUUUUUAUAACUUAAGAAUUUUUAUACCAUCUACAUCUAUCCUACUUAUGCAGAAAAAUAGGCAAUAAGAACUUGAUUUUACAACUUAUGUUUUCAAAAAAAAGUGCAGGAAACUGUUUUAUCAGGGAGCCCAAACACCCAGCAUAGCCAACUACUGAAAUGAUUUUGUUAAUUCUGUAUAAUGAGCUCAAUUCAAAGCAAUCACCACUGGCAUGAAUAAGUACUGCAUGAAAAAGGAGUAUCAAAUUCCAGUUUUGUAUGAGUUCUGCAAAAAAAGCCUAAUACUCUGUGGUCCCCUCACUCAGUUUCUCAUUUGGUAAACAGAAAGCUGUUUUCCCUACAAGGUGCUUGGUGGUGAAGCCACCAAGCUGUCUUUGGUACUCUUAAAGCUUCAAUGGCCCAGCAAUAUCUUUGGGCCCUUGUAUCCAUUAUCCUUAUGACAUCAUCACCCUCAGACUUUAAGACAAGAAGCCACCAUCAGAACAAAGGAUGGGAUACGUAAAGAACGGACUCACUUGUCCUAGAAGAUGAAUGUGUAGUGUCAGCAAAUGCAUGUUAAGAAGGUGAAGCCCAAAAGCUCUUAAGGAGAAUUAUAUUUCUCCAGAAGCUGCAGCAAGAGGUACAGCUCAACAAAGGAAAAGCACAGGACUGGAUAUGCAACUAGUGCUCAGACCAAAGAGUUCACACCUACUUUAAAACCAUGUCCUCUGAAAAGAAACAAAAAUACAAUGAUCAUCGAAUGACUAAACAGUCUUUCUGUUGAUAAGCUGUACAUUCAUUGAGGAACUGUUGAUUGGCAGGUGCUGAUUCUCUAGAAUACUGGGCAUGAGGUUGUUGCAGAAAUCUAGAUGGUGGGUCCCACAGGUGUGAGAACAUGCCGCAAGAGCCUGCCGGCCACAGCAAUCAGGACUCACACUCCUUCAAGGAGCAGUGCAGAUUUCAAUUUGGCUAAAACAGGAUGAUUGCUUUUGUCUGUUUACUGAAAAAUGAGUUUAGAAAGGCUAGCCCACUGACAUUGGAAGAAGCUGUGAACAGAGUUGUGUCUGAGGAACGUGCCUAAUGUAAGGCAGGGUUUGUUCCAAUGCAUCCGUGAUUUGAACCGGUUUUCAUUACAGAUUAACGAACUGCUGGUCAGGUAAUGUCUACAGUGGCUGUGCAUACCUAUAACGUUCUCGGUAUUUCAUAUUGAAUUAUGCUGUAUAUUUCAAUUCCAAAUUUAUUUAUUUUAUUUUCCAAGGUUAUUUUAUUUAUUGUAAGCAUUUUGACAUUGAUUUUUUUUUUGUUUUCUUUCUUGUGCAAUACCUACAAUGGUGCUGUGUUUUAAACUUACACAAUUGGAACAUACAUAUGUGUUUUCUUAGUAAAAUGGUAAUUUAUCCCAAAAAAGUGUACAUAGAUCUAAAAUUUGGUGCUAUGUGUAUAUCUUGAGCUUUUAAUUUGUUGUAUUUUCUAAACGCUUACAAGUUAUCUGCCACUCAUAUUAAUUUACUUGAAUUUGUCAUAAAGCUAAACAUUUUAUAUGUUUUCAAAGAUUAUUUUUUCAUAUUAAUAGGUUGUUUAUCUUUUUGCUUGUUUGCUAAUUUAAAAAUAUUUAUUUUAUCAUUUUAAUGUUUUCAUGGACUUUUUUGCUGAUGGUAAUCAACUUUUUUUGUUUUUUGGUUUUUGAGUUGUUCCUUUCAUAGACAUAAAAAGACAAUUCAUUUUCUUGUUUUAUUAACUCUGUUCAUUUUUAUUCUACGAAAUAUGUCAUGCAUUCUUUCUUACGAAUUGUAUAUUUAGAAAUCUUUCUAAAUACCAUUAAUGCUUGACUGGUUAAUUCCUAUUUCAAGGAUUUGGAUUUAUUCAGGUAAUUUGAUGGGAUGGGGAAAUAUAAUAUUAUGUGAUGCAUAUUACAAAGUGGACUUGUCACAAUGACACAAACUCAUUUUUUGUAACUGGGAAAUAUGACUAAAUUUGACAUAACUAGAGAAACAGGGCUGUAGCCAUAUGGUACAAGCCUUUCUCACCCUACUCUAUUAUUUACCUUCAGAUACUUUUUCCUGCCUCAGCUCUGUACACAUGAUAUGCAACAAAAGGCAGCAAGAAAUGCUGGGUCCACCUAAUUUAACACCAAAUGAAGUUGAGAUUUGGCAGUUGCCCAAUUCUUUUAAUAAAAAGAAAGUAAAUAAUUUGGGCCCUAAAGUAGGGUGGGAAAUUUUCCUCUAAAUGACUCGAUGGUUGCCAAAUCCCUUGCACCAUUUUAUUCCACUCCAAAACAUGUGUUUAUUUCCACAUAGAUGUUAAUGAUGUUCAAAGCAGGGGAGAAGAAUUAUUCAGUUUCAUGAAUUAUCUCUUGUUUGCACUCCAGAAAACAACAUACGUGUUUAAAUACAAAAUAAUUAUGGGCCAUGACGACGAUUAAUAUUAAAACUGUGAUUUCCAUAUACAAGUAUGUUUGAGUUCCAAUCUUACAUUUUAUACCAAGUUCAAAACACUUUCAGAUAGAAGUCUUUCUAUGCAAAGAUAAAAGUAUGACUUCAAUUAAUAUUUAUGGCCUUUGGAAUCCAAAGAAAAACAGAAGAAUAAUUCAUGGAUUUGUUCAUUGUUCUCUCCAACUGAAGACAUUAACCAUUACUUCUAACCGUAACACAAACACAGCAAGUUUUAACCUUUUAAACUUUUCACUUUGCGAUCAAAGUAACCCCGUAAGUUUAUUUCCCUAUUUCAUGAUAUUGUUUAAACUUUAAAAUUCUAGUCACUUAAAGAACUUAAGCAAUUAUAUUAAAAUACAUUGUCUGUGAAAAUUAUCAUUUGAUAUUUGACUUAUAAUUUUUAUGAAUCUGUUUUAUGAGUUAGGUAAGAUUUAGCCUUUCUGCAAUCUCUGUCAUCUGUUGGGAACCUGUGAUAUACCUCCAUUUGUCCACAAGAUGGUGUUUAAAGCAAUUUGUUCAGAAGAACUGAACAAACUAGCAGAAAUACAAGGCUACAAACAGUUUAGUGGACAACUAAAUCAGACUCUUGCCUUUGCACUUUUUUUUAACUUUUGUAGAUAAUUUCUGUUAAUUUGUUUUGUUAAUUUGUGUUUUUCCUAAUUUUAAGCAUCUUUAUGAAACAGGCACAGUACCCUUUGGUUUGUUGACUGUUUUGAUUUUAUUUCUUCGGUGGAUAUAUAUGUACUUAUACACUUAGUUAACAUGCAGAUUAACUAUUCAUAACUGUUUAUACACCACUCUCAAAUUUUAGCGAUCAAUAUGAAGACAGCUAAAUAAUUAUCCUACCUUUUAGACAGGACAGAUACUCUCUUUCAACAGACAAGUAAAAAGAUUUAGCUUAUCACAAGAAGUAGACAAUUUAUAAAACUACACAAUGUCUAAACUCUAUGUUGCUCAGUGUACUUAAAAUUUUACAGUUAGAUUUGUAUAACGUUUAUAUUUUUCUAGAAUACAUCGCUAUUUACAAAAGUACUAUUAGAAACACCGUUUUUUUUUAAGUACCAUUUUUAUUUUCAUAACACUAAUAAUACACUGGGAUUGAGAAUUUCUCAGUUAAGUGUUUUGCUGACGUUGUUUUAAUGAAUACUCAAAAAAGUUUUGCAGAUUUGUCCAUUACUCUUGUUCUUAAAUUAUUUUUCAUACUUGUCUGUAUCCACCUUCUGAAGACACACAAGUGUUUACUGUCACAGUUUCCCAGCAUUAUUUCUUAAUACUUGAGUGUUGAUGCAUUUUUGUACCAUCCCUGUUUUGGAACAUCUCUGCUCGCAAAGAUUAUAUGCAGGCUUUGAAGAGGAGGAGAUGCAGAAGAUAAUUGAAUUUGUAUCUUGUAUGCCUACGUAAUUCAAAGUGACUUAGUCCAUUGAAUUGUGUUCAUUUAUUAGUUGGCUGGUUAAGAUAGCAUUAAUUAUCUUAAAUUUGGUCAACUACUAAAAGUCUCAGGCAAUAGAACAAAUGAGUGUCAUCAUUUUUAUUGUGUGGCAUACCUGGAGCUGUAAUCCAAACGUUUUACUCAACAAAAUAAUGCUAGAGUAACUGAUCAAUUUGGUUAAAUUGAAUGAAGAACCAAGUGAACACAGAGAAAACUCAUUCAGACAAGUAGACACAGCACAGCAAAAAUUUGUCUGAAAGAUAAGACAAGCUUAUAAGACCAAAGCUAAGUCUAAGAAAAUCUAAAUGGAAAAAAAUUGCAAGUUCAGAUCCAAUAUUGAGUGAUGUGGUACAAUUGGAGGAGGUAGCUACUUGCUUCAUGAAUUUGUCAAAAGUGAAUACUAAUAAAGUGGGAGGCCUCACUAAAUGAGGGGGUAAAUAAGAUUUAAGUUUAUCAGAAGUGUGUGUAUUGUGUGACCAUAUUAAGCUUCUGGGUGUAAGUAAAGAUGCUGGCUAUUUUACAACUUUUUAUUGUAUUGUGUUAUGUAAAGUACAUUUUGGAGAUAAAUGUUUUUCAGCACAUUAAUGUCUUUAAAUUCAGGUUGUAUUGGGUGUAUUUUACAACUAUUUAUUUUUAAAUAACAUUUAGGGUGUGUUUUCCCCCAUUUUGUUUGUUCUCUAUCUUACCUCAUCAAACUCUUUAAGGUUUAAUUGAAUAUACUCAUGUUAAGUGCAAUGGCACUAGUUUUAUUCAAAAUCCCACAUGGGCAUAAUGCUUUGAGGCCUUGAUUCCUACGUGUUCAUUAUGCAUAAUGAGCUUGUCACCUAUCUCAGCAAUAAAGGUUCUGACCCUAUGUCAGGGAAAUCUAAGGUGCAAUUAUUAAGGCCAUAUCUACUCUUCAUCACUUGCCAUGGCUGAAGCUCCACACUUCAGUCCGUUUUGUUUGGUGUCAACCGUGGGGUUGCUCCAGAAGCACUCUUGGCUAACCAUGAGCCCUACAGGUGUCCAAGGAACCUUAAUUGGUCUAUUGCAGGGUUCGUGUUUGUACCAUCAUUAUAGUUUUCUUUGUCACAUGAAUCAUUGCUCAGCUUGAAAUAAUCAAGUUUGUCACCCAUCUCCCUGGCAGUUCAUAAAAAGCCUAAUUAUUUCAGAUGAGAAUUAUAAGCAGAAACAAAAGCCCAAAAGCAGGCAGUCCUUUAGGACUUUUGUCCCCCAGAGUGAUCAUCUGACUAAAAUCAUUUGAGACUUUUUGCUAUAUAGGUCCCUGAGGGAGAUAAGAAAUAACACAAUUAACUUUUCUCAUCCAUAGAAGCUUUUACACCAUGAGUGAUAAGGCAAUAGGCAAUAAGUAGUUAAAUACAUAGCAGGUUUUCUUAACAGAAAUUAAUUGCAUCAAAACGUGCCAGAGGAUUUAUAUGUUUACUUAUACCGGGUAAUAACUUACAUAGUUCUUAACUAUUCCUAUCUUCAGGCCCCCUUUGGAUAAAUUAACUAGGUGCUCUCUAAAGAAUAUUGUUGUCUUUUCACACAUAUUUUCAACUUAGAGACAAAAUGGAAUUUCAAAUAUAUCUCAGAAAGAGAGGUAGUUUGUUGGAGACGGUUUCCCUCACUUCUUCUCUCUCCAGCUAUCUUUUGAUAACUUGGAGUCAAGAGUAAUUUGUGAAGACAUGUUAAGCAGAGAGUUAGCAUGAAUUGCCAUUUAUUAAGACUAAAAGUAAUUUUCAGUUAGCAGCAUCCUCUUCCUGAUAGUCAGAUCAAUCAAAUAUGUCACACUUCCUCUCGAUGAUCAUUUAAAGAGCACUUGAGCAUGUGUAUUUACAGACAGGCAUUACUACAGUCAGCCCAUUUUGAUUUAAUAGUUCCUGAGCCAUAGGUACUUUAUACUGCCAUGUCCUGGAUCACAACUCACUAAAGAAGACUACGCAAUUGAAAAGUAUUUAUUUUACUUUGCACAAAAGGACUUGACCUAUGUUUAUUGAACACAAGUAUUCUUUUUUAAAAAAUAUUUAAAAUCAUUUAUGUUCGUCACCCCUCUAUAAACAGCAAGAUUGCUAGUUUGCUAGUAUUUUUUCCUUAAUACUAACUUUUCACUCCUUUUGCCAGGUUACCAGCAAAUAUUUUUAAGUAAUUUUCUUGAUAUUUGGAAAUCAGAAUUUCUAUUGAUUUUCCAUCUAUGUUGGUUUACUUAGUUUAUUUUAGAGACAGGGUCUUGUUCUGUCACCCAGGCUAGAGUGCAGUGGUGUGAUCAUAGCUCACCAUGGCUUCAAACUCCUGGUCUCAGGCAAUCCUCCAACCUCAGCUUCCCAAGUAGCUGGGACUACAGGCGCUCACUACCAUGCCUGGCUAAUUUUUAAAUUUGUUUUUAUUUUCGUAGAGACGGGAGACUCACCGUCUUGCCCAGGCUGGUCUCAAACUCCUAGGCUCAAGCUAUCCUCCCACCUUGGCCUUUCAAAGUGUUGGGAUUACAGGUGUGAGCCACCAUGCCCGGCCUUGGUUUACUUUUAAACGCAGAGACUAUAUCUCAGAAACACUAUAAUCACCAAAAAAUUUUAAAAAUACAAUAGAGGUGAUCUUCUACAGCAGGAAUUUAUAUUAAGCUUAUUUCAGUUGGCAAAUAAAUCAGAUUUUACUAAUGAUGUUUAAGAAUAGCAAUAUUGGUUCAGUCAGCUUGAAAUGUAAAGUAUCCAAAUAAUCAAAUCAAUCACCUAUCCUGAUAUGACUACUCAUUCAUAUUCUUCUGCUGUGCAGAAGCCAAUUACCCAAAAUCAUGCCAGGGAAUUUAUGUGCUCAGUCAGUCUAGGAAGUGAUUUCCACAGUUCUUAACCAACCUGUCAGAUAUUAGGGUUGAAAAUCAUAUCAUACUGCCAUAGAAGCACUGGCUAGAAAUAAAUCAGGAAUCAUUUGCCCUUAAUUAACAUGCCAGGUUCAAACCAACUUUAUUUAUUUACACUCUCCUCUCCCAGUGAGUGUUCUAGUUGCCACUUCAUCCAACUUUCAAAAAUAUCUCAGAGAGGAUUUGAGAUUUCUAUUUUGCUAGAGGGACAUGCUUGGUCAGAUUCCACAUUUAUCAUCUCUCUUUCAUGGAGGGAAUUUGCUGGGCUCUUUUCCUUGCAAUUUCUAAGUCAAGUGUCUUCUGCUUCUGUAAACUACUUCACUUAACUGAAAUUUAUAACGAAUUGUUCCUGCCAUUUGGAAUGUGGUAGUUUUGCAUAAUCUAUUUGUAAGUGCUUGUUUCCAAUGUUGCUGACUGUAUCUGUGGAGCUUGUUGUACAACCUUUACAUAACCAGGUUUGUAAAACAGUUGAGUGAACUGUUCUUUGAAAUUUUAUUUUUUUUUAAUUUUCUUAUGAAUAUUAUAAAACGUAGAAACAUGUUUGAUUAUCUAAUUUUUCUG